AAACCGAAUGGUAUCUAGAAUCAACAAAAAUGGCGGUGAUUAAGAAGAGAUUUAUACUGUUAAUUUAUAUUUUGUCAAAUAUCUAUUGCAUUCAAGCCCAACUAUCCCAACUACCCCCUAUACCGCUUGUAGAUCCUUCUAAUUGCAACACAGUGGGUACAGUCAGGCAAUACUUUGAUACGACACGACUGGAAUGCGUAGAUUGUUCACAAGAUGAGAACUUCCAAGUCACAAGCCCGGAUGGCUUUUCCUGUAUUUGUAAACUUGGCUUCAAAUACAAGCAAAGUUUUGGUGGAAAUGUCACAUGUGAAGCUUGCCCAGCAGGUCAGGUUGCUUCAUCUACUGGCUACAAUUGUCUGAAAUGUCCAGCAGGAGUGGACACAACAACUAAUACAUGUGCUUCUUGUAAUGGAACGUUAGAGAUAAGCCCUGAACGUCAGCUACUGGGACAAUGGUAUACAGAACAAGGUACCCAGGUCAACACAAUCAGCUGUCAGCAAUGUUCAGAUGGGACCCAGCCAAGUGCUGAUAAAACAAGAUGUGAAAAAUGUACAAAUGUUUUACCAGUGUCUGGAGAUAAUAGCUGCAAUUGUCCAACAAGCACAAAUGAAUUUACUGGAGGAUUUUGUAUACCUAAAUCAUAUUUGGGAAAUAUUGCUGAAAGUGACAGUUUGUAUCAGAUACCAAGAACUGUGGACCAAGUAUCAGAGUUUCUACGCUACAACUUGAAGGCAUCAUAUGCUUUGUGUAACGUUAACAGGAACCAAACAGCUUGUAACGUUCUAGCAAACAUGUGUGUUCUCACUCUGUAUGAAUAUAGAAACAAAGACUUCCAAAGCAGUGACCUCAAUAAUGCUUGUGAAGUAUAUUUAAGUGCUUGGGUUCAAGCAGGUUCAUUGAAGUAUGUUCCUACACUGUAUUAUGCCCAGAUUAGUGUGAUUGGGCUUCUCCCAAUGCAAGGAGAUGAUGUUCUUCAGAACGAUUUUCUCCAGACACAGUAUACAUUCAGUCCAGUGUCCAGACUCGAGUACAGGUUGGUCAGGUACAACAUACAUGGUGAAUAUCUUGGACUGAGCACAGUUCAGAACGGGCGUAUACAACUGUGUGCUGACACUACUGAUAAACAGAAUGCAGCUUUUGUGUUUGGUACAACGUAUUCCCAGUCUUGUAAAAUAGCUGCAAUUAAUCUAUGGGAUCAGAGCAUGUACCCAGCAGAGUUCUAUGAUUUAUAUUUAGAAAUUAAUCAGAAUGAUGUUAAACAGUUGUAUCCGACACCAGUGAACAUUCUUAAUUACCGAAGCCUUGAUCAAAGUUCGAGUGAAAUUAACAGAGGAGAGCAAAAAGACAUGGAGUUGUUUAGAAGGUUUUUUCUUGUAGAUAAUAUUGGAACGAUUUCUGCUGCAGGUGAUCAAGCACAGAUGGUGAGAUAUGCGAAGAGUAUACGUAUAGAUGUACAGCUUCAGACAGAUACUACACAGGGUAUAAUCUACCCUCCGGCUCUACAGAUAGAGUAUGGCACUGUGUCACUGGCAGAUGCUCAAGCUGGAGGAGAAGUUGACGUUUCAUUUACGGUAGAUUACUCGUACUCAGACACUAGCUACCGCAGAGAUUUUCAGAUUGCUGUUGGAACCCUCAGUACUUUAGGAGUGAUUUAUGCUGGAUACCGUUCCUGGGUGUGGUCAAAGCGAUCUGGACGACCAAGUAUUGACUUUCCAACCAUUGCCAACUUCUUCUUCUUCUGUGCUGGUACCUUGGCCAAUGUUUUCUUUGUCAUUACAUUUGGAAUGGCUUUCUAUUGGUUCAUUUUCUUCAAGAGACAGAGUGUUGUUUACCUGGUACAUCCAACAGACAAACAGUUACGAGACUGGUUGGGUCUGUUUGGGGCGGCAUUUGCCCUAAAGUUCCUUGAGGUGGCUCAUAUGAUAUUCAUGCAGUGUAGCAUAGAUGUGUUUUUUAUUGACUGGGAGAGAUCUCGAGGUGUAGUCAGUAACUCAGCUGAAACUACAAAAACAAAAGAGGUACCAGUGUCAAUAUGGAGGACAUAUUUUGUUGCCAAUGAAUGGAAUGAAAUCCAAGCUGUUCGCAAGAUCAAUAAGACAUUUCAAGUUUGGGCUGCUGUAUUCUUCCUUGUUGUUGUUGGUUUCGAGAACACAGCAACAAAAGAUCCAGAUGGGAGUGUAACAAAAGAUAGUAAUGCGUACAAGGCAGAAUACAGCCGUGUAUACAGAUAUGCUGUUGCAGUGCUUGUAUAUGUAGUUAUAGGUGUGUUACAGUGGAUCUUCUUCACGUUUAUCUACGAGAGAUUCUUUGAGGAUAAGGUGCGUCAGUUUGUGGACCUUUGUUCUAUGAGCAACAUCAGUGUAUUUGUGAUGGCACAUGCUCAGUAUGGUCACUAUAUACAUGGAAGAUCUGUGCAUGGGAAAGCUGAUACCAACAUGAAAGAGAUGGCAGAACUCAUGAAAAAGGAAGAGGAGGAUAUGUGUGGUCAGAGAGGGCUGUUACCAAACACAGAACAACAGACAUUUGUGAUGGCAUUACCAAAAAGGUUGAGGCUCAGAUAUGAGGCUGUACUCCUACCUGCUCAACUUGAGAGUGCAGCAGCAGCAACCAGAGCUGAAGCAGGUCGAGGAGGAAGAUUAUCUGGGUCAGCCAUGGAAAAACAAGUGGAAGCAUAUGCUACUAUAAAUAGAUUCUUUUCAGCAUUCAUUGACAGAUCAUUGAGAGAUAUAGACUAUGUGAUUAAAGACAAGACAUUCCUAGAGAGCAUCAUGGAUACAGAGUUUGAUGAUACAUCAGAAACGGGGGUUUUCUAUAAUGAUGAUGGUCAUUCGUUUGACAAAGUGUUGUUCUAUGGCCAUGAGAUGACGUUGUUACUGUUUGAUGUUCUCACAUUCUGUAUCAGUGAUCUCAUCUUCACAAAUUAUGUAAUUGCUGGUGUCAUAACAUACCUUCUGUCUGAGAUGAUGUGUAUUGGCAGAGAUGGAGGUGGACGCAAAAAUCUUAGCAAAAAAACUCUGGUGGAUGAGCGGUUCCUGAUCUAAACAUAUUAGUUUUGAUUUUACUGCAAGUUUACUUCACAAUGUGUAUGUACUGCUCGAGACGGUGGUGGCCAGAAAAACUUAGCCAAGAAGACACUUGUUGAUGAACGUUUCCUUAUUUAGAAAUAUAUAGCAUAGUAUAAAUACGUAGCGCUUCAGACUUGACAAGUGCAGUGCAGACCUGUAUCUUUAUUAGGAAAAGACCAAGACCCUGUUCCUUAAAAUAUGAAAAUAAUUAAGCUGGAAUCGAACUACUGGCAUAUGCUUGAGAAAGUUUUAAUAUUGUUAUGUGGAUUUGAUACCUCUUAUCUUUAGUUAACAGCGAAUGGAAUUUAGUAUCUGUGGGAUAUGAACUUCCAAAGUGUUUAUUAUAAGAAAAGUGUAUGGUGUGGAUUGAGCUAAGUUGAAACUCAUUUCUUUAUAGUUGUUUGAAAUAAGUGUGAGGAAUCUGUUAACAAAAAUUUCUGAUCAAUACGCAGUUUAACCCUGCAGAGUGCCAAUUUAUGUGUGUGUUUUUUCUUUACCAAAAAAAAAAUGUAAGUACUAGGAAAUCAUUGUUUGUUUGAUUGAUUCACCUUAAUGAGGGAAAACUCUAUUCAACAAACAGAACAAUUUUUUGUAACAGUCAGUAUUGCUCUGACUAUACUGUGUAACUGUUCAAUGACUAGUGACCGUAAAUUAAAUGUACCUGUGAACGAUUAACGAAAAAAUAAGCGAUUUGUGAAAUGAAUUUUAUUAUGUUUAUUUAUAUUAUUUUAUUGGCGCAUAUUAAAAGUGUCUCACUUAUUCACAAUCUUUUUUUUGGAAAGUCUCAAGUCAGUUGUGAAAGCUAUUAUUGUAUUGAAGUGAUGAACAAAAGUAAUGUUUUAGAUGGGUUUAUUAAGUACCAACUUUCUUUUUAUGCUCUCCUUUUUCAUGCACUGUUUUGCUCAUUGCUUGGCAGUUGGUCAAUAGACUGUUACUUUAGGUUUCUGAUCAAUUACUAGUUAAUGCUUAGUCCCACAAUGGUUUAAACUUCAUGAUAUGAUUGCUUGUGGUCAGUACAUGACCCUUAUUGUGUUGUUUUGGGGGUCAGUUGUCAACAUCACAGAAACUUUUAGGCUGAAAAUAAUUUCCACUUAACUAAAUAACAAAUGUGCCUUAUGCUUUUUAACUUCGUAGAAUUCUUGCCUGUAGUCAAUAGAUGAUCCCCUUUUGCUUUUGGGUUCAGUAGGUCCAAGGUUAAAGUGAGCUUGAAACUGAAAAUGGUUCUGAACUGUAUCUGAGGCAGUUUUGGACUUUCAGACAGAGUUUUCAUGGGAUAUUUGCCUGUAGUCACGUUUGGGUCAGUACCUCAAGGGUCACAGUCAUUGAAAACAGUUUCUGAUCAUUUACUGGGGAGAGCUUGGGCCUAUGGCUAUCCAUCUUCAUCGGAUGAAUGCCUGGUGACCCCUGUUGUUUUCUGGUUCAUACAGAACAUCUGAGACAAAAUUCAAGGACUUUUCAAGUACUUUUUUUACAAAAUCUUGAAAUCUUCGUCCUAACAACUUUUAUCAACAGUAGAUGUGGCACUCUGUAUAAAAUAUGACAAAAUGCAGUUAUAGACUGCUACUUAGACCACUGCAAGUGCAUACCGAGGAUUGGUAAGUGACAAAAUACAAUACCGGUAUUUCCUUUCAAAUUUUCUUCCUAUUUUACUUAAUUUUUUUUUUAUUAUUCAUUCUCCACAAAGCUUGUAGCUGACAGAAUAUUUUUCAAAGAGUACUGGGUGAAAUUUGCACAGUUUUUCCAAGUACAAUAAUUAUUGUGAAUGAGUAGCUCAAAGGGUUUUACAGAUAUUGUUGUUACAUGUAUUUUAAUUUUAUCAUAGAACAUAUCAGUUCUUCAUUCCGUCCAGUUUGAAUCAUGUACGUUAUUUGAUGAAGGUUUGUAUAAACAAAGCGUGAUGAUAUUCCUAGUUUGUAUUUAUAUGUUAAAUAACAACUAGAAUAAAAAAAUCUCGAAAGUUUUGUUUUUUUUUUGAAAUGUUUCUGUAAAUAUAAUUCUAUUUAUUUUCAAACAUAUUUUUGUACGUAUGAUAACAAUGAUAUAAUAAAAGUGAAUGUAAGAA